CAUCCCUUAUUUCAUGUGAAAAAGUGCAAGUGGAUCACACUUUCCUUCAAAAGCUUAAUUUCUCUAGCUUUUCCCUUCCUUCCAAGCAAUAUAAUCCUUAAUCCUCUUUCCCUUCCAAGCAUCUCUUUAAAAUAUAUACAUACAUAUACUAGUAAACAACACAAUAAUACCACCAAGUUCCAACCAUGAAAAUCUCUGAAGAAGAUGAAGAAGAACAUGACCAAGAAAAACAACCUCUCUUAUCAGAAACCCAAGAAACAUUGAUCCAAAAAGCCAUAAACCAAACCUUCAAAAGCACUGCUCACCUUGCCAACCUCCUCCCAACCGGCACAGUCCUCACCUUCCAUCUCCUCUCCCCCAUCUUCACCAGCCAAGGCCACUGCACCAACUCCAUCAACCAAUCCCUCACCAUACUCCUCCUUUCUCUUUGCACUUUCUCAUGCUUCUUCCUAAGCUUCACAGACAGCUUUAAAGACUCUUCCGGCAAAGUUCGAUACGGCUUCGCCACUCUCCAUGGUUUGUGGAUCCUUGAUGGUGGCUCUCGGUUAUCACCGGAGAUGGAGAAGAGUUAUAGGAUGAAGUUCAUUGACUGGCUUCAUGCUUUCAUGAAUGUCCUGGUGUUUGGUGCUGUUGCUUUGUUUAAUAAGAAUGUGGUUAUGUGUUUCUUUCCAGAGCCUUCAGAGGAUAUUGUGCAGUUGUUAACUUGUUUGCCUGUUGGAAUUGGUGUUGUUUGUAGCUCCUUCUUUGUUGCUUUUCCUACCACUCGUCAUGGGAUUGGUUUCCCUCUUUCUCCUUGAUCUAUUUGUAUUUAUAUAUAUCCUAUGUCUAUGUACAUUUAUCUUUAA